UAUCGACAGUAUAUUUCAAACCACAUACCUAUGCUUGGCUUCACACAGCAUUGUAACUGGGGGGAGCUGUCGAAUUUCGACCCUGUAUUGCAAGGAUCAUUGACAAGAUGUUUCCUUUGACGCUGCUCCUUCUGGCAAUGCAUUGUGUCAGUGGUGAAGACUUCUUGACAGUUAUGGCAUACAAGACGAGAAACACCUAUGUUUAUGCAAUAGCUGGAGAGACUGGAGGUCUUUUACAGGUACAGUAUCCUCACUUCGCAUAUGGAACAUCAACACAAUGUGGAUCAUUCAGAUCUACCUCAGUGUCUAUUGAUGAAAAAAUGAAGAUUGCAAGUGCUAUUGAACCAAAGGUCAUUAUUGUAAGUCCCAGCGAUGCUGAUAUGCUAAUAGAAGUACGUGGUGAAAGUAGGUUCUCUCCCCUACCAAUAUCUGCACUGGGAACCAAGUACAUAGUGCCAUCUGAUAGUAAGUAUACUGGGCAGUAUCAGAAACUACUUGUGGUGGCAACACACAACCAAAGCACUGAUGUGGAGAUCAAUUGGAGAAUUGCACAAGGGUAUGUAAACGUCAACGGUCACAACUACAGAGACGGCGAUAGUGUUUCCAUUGGCCUUGGUCCCUAUCAAACAUUGACGAUACUCACCCAGUAUGAUAUCAAUGGAACUGUGAUCAGUGCGAGCGACAGCGGAGCCGUCUAUGCUGGGAUUAUUUACAACAACACAUAUACAGCAUAUGAUCAACUACUUCCUGUCAAACAUUACGGCCAGGAAUUUGUUGUUGUUGUUGAAACUCCUGUAAGACAUAGCCAACUUCAGGUGACCACAGAGCAACGUGACACGCAGAUAAAGUUCAAUAGUGGAGCAGCAAUUUCCCUUGGUCAGAAACGUUUCUAUCAGCAAACACUCUAUAGGAGUCUUCAUGUAAGUGCCACGCGACCGGUUAUGGUGACACUAAUUAGACGAGAUGGUGCGAAAAGUGUCUUUGCUACUAUUCCACCUGUGCAAUCGUAUGUCAAUCACACCCGCGAAUAUGUGCCACGUCUGGGGUCUUCUUAUGGUCUCAAGAUUUGUACCCGGAAGACAGACUCGGUGGUGAUUCAGAAAAAGAAUCAAUACCGCAUUUCAGUAGACUGGGAAGAAAUAUCAGGCAGUGGAUACAAAGUAGGAGCUAUAACAUCAUCAGUUACCAGUUUAUAUUCCUCCAUUUCCUCUGACUACCCUUUUACUGUCCUUGAGUAUUAUACUGGAUCAAAUCCCUUUCACUGUUACCACUACAGCUUCUCACCAGAGGAAGCAGCAACAAAUCCUUUCCGAGGUGUGUAUUUAGGACGAACAUACCUGAUGGCUCUCACAAGAUUUCAAUACAGCCCUGAGAUACGUGCAUCAACUGGAAAGGAAGGAGGACAAUGGCAGAUACAAAACCCAUACACAGGGAAGAUCUGGUCUCGACAAGUCAAACCAUUCAACACUGACUAUUUCUACCCCCAAUAUUCUGUAAACACAACAAAUGGUAUUCAAAAUAAAACAAUGCUUAUCCAUGUAGAAAGUGUUGAGAUUCAGAUCAGAGGACUCGGCGGCUACACUCGUUUCUCUCCACUCCCCAUCUCCGCUUUAGGGACAAAAUACGUCAUGACCUCUUGCCAUCCUUCUGGUGGCUACAUCUCAUUGAUGGUGAUUGCCACACACAGCAAGAAGACUGAUGUGGACAUCACAUUUAGACUGGAUGGUAACGUAACCUAUGACAACAAAACGUACACCCAUGGAGACACGCUCAGCCUCACACUAAUGGAGUACCAAACUUUCACAAUCAACAGUUCAUCUGAUCUCACUGGAACAGUAGUAGCUGCCGAAGAGACUAUCGCCGUCUACACUGCGACAUAUAAAGCUGCUUCUUACAUUCGUCUCAUUGCCUAUGAACAACUUCUCCCGAACAGCCAUCAUGGACAUGAAUAUGUUGUUGCAAUUCGUGAUAAUAGUCCGGAACGAUAUCACAGUUCUCUGCCAUACCAGCUUCAGGUCGUCACCGACCACAGUGACACUCAGAUCAGGUUCAAUGACGGCUCUUCAGUAUCUGUUGGUGACACAAGGGUGUACAAAAAGCGAUAUGGACCCCGUACGCAUCUUUACUUCAACACCACACAUCCGGUUAUGACAACACUGUGUAUUGUUGCAGGGUCAAGCGGGUACUUCAAGCAAGGUUUGUUCACUGUCUUACCACCCGUUAAAUACCACACAAAGCAAAGUACACUAAUCUAUGGUGGUACUUUACAAAUACUGACAGAUAAAGGAAGUAACAACGUGCAUGUUGAACGUCGCUACGGAUCUACAGUGAACAAUAUUCACGUGGACUGGACACCAAUCCCAAGGACAACAUAUAAAGUAGGGACAUGCACAGUUGGUUCGUCAACGUUCAUCCGCUCAAAUACAUCUUUCGGUGUCCUGGGAUACAGUAAUUAUCGCAUCGACAAUGGAGGCUUCAGUUUCAAAUCUCCAGAUCAUACACAGACGACACAAAAGAUUAGUUUUCAAACACCACUCCAAGGCCCGAUGUUUGAUGACAGGACGACACCAACGAUUAAGGGACAAACUCCUCUGCAAGGUCCGCUAUUUAAUAACAACGCUGCGAUGAUUGUGGUAGUGUGUUGUGGGGUGAUCAUUGUGUCCCUGCUGGUCGGUUUCAUCGGAUAUGUUCUCUAUGUGCGCAGGAAGAUGAAAUCAUCUAAGGAUAAUUGCACACAACGUCAUCCGGCUCCACCGACACCCACAGAGAGUUCUCUGAACGCUCCUUUCUCCCAGCGCAGUAACAUAUACCUGGAGCUAGAUAGAAGAAACAGCCCAGAGAAUUUCUACGAAAAUAUCGUUAACAUCAGCGACAAUGCAGACAACAUCCAAGCAUAAAAAAAAGUUGAUAUCUUUGUAGUUCUCUUGACUGUAGGUCAUGUAAGUGUACAUGUAUUUGCGACGCGUCGUAAUGCGUUUCUUGUUAACAUAAUGUUUUCGACAUUUCUUCUGAAGGCGCAUGAAACCCAUAUGAUUAGA